AUGGCGUCGGCUUCUGUUCCCAUGCAGCGGUUGGGCGGACGCGCCUUCAACCACAGCUCGAGCAAUGAUGCCGAGGCCGAGUACGACCGUCUACGAGAUCUGGCUCGGGCGGAAGCACAGAAGCGCAACUCGUGCUUCGAUCGGUCCCGCCAGGCGUACGAGCGCGGCGAUGGCGCCGAGGCGAAGGAGCUGAGCAACGAGGGCAAGCGCCACGGGGCCAAGAUGGACGAGUACAACAAGCAGGCGUCCGAGUACAUCUUCCGCGAGAACAACGCCCAGGGCCGCGUCGCCGAGGACACGAUCGACCUGCACGGGCAGUUCGUCGAGGAGGCCGAGGACAUCCUCGAGGCGAGGAUACGCGACGCCCAGGCGCGCGGCCAGACCCAUCUGCACGUCAUCGUCGGCAGAGGUAACCACUCGGCCAACCACGUCCAGAAGAUCAAGCCCCGCGUCGAGCAGGUCUGCCGGGAGCUGGGGCUGCAGUACGCGACGGAGGAGAACGAGGGCCGCAUCUACGUGAACCUCCAGGGCGGCGACGUCUCGGGCGCGCCCCCGCUGCCUCCUCAGACCGGCGGGGGCUAUGGCGGGAAUGUUGGCUCUCCUCAUCACGGCGGCGGCCAGCAGCAACAUCAUGGAGGAUACCAGCACCAGCAACCAUCACACCAACGCCCUGAUGAUAACGAGGACUUGGUGGGCACUCUUCUUCCCAAGCUGUGUCGUAAGAUGGGAGAAUGCUGUAUUGUCAUGUAA